GGGCAGUGGGAAAACCCUUAAGGAACGCUAUCGACGGCCACUGCACUGCUGGCAAAACAUGUACCAGGACAACAUUCCCCCUUCAAACGCUUAAAGCCUACAUCGCGAUUAAUAUUUCAUCGCGAUUCUGAUCCUGAGAGGAUUGCUGCCUUUUCACUGUUGUGCCGCUCAUUUUCGUUGCGCUGGAUCUUUCGUGUCAGAAGAUGUGUGUGGAGAGCGAUGGGUGCGAGAUAGAGGGCUGCAGCAGUUCGGACGAGGUGCAGACGCUGUCAGGCAGCAUGAGUCCCGGCUUGAAAUCAAACCCCGAUCUCCAUCCAUGCAAACCCGGGCAAAAAUUUCGUGCCGCACUCCUAAAAUGCAGGUCUCCCACGGCAGCCGCAGGGAUUCUCAGUUUUGGGAAUGUGCUUAAUUACAUGGAUAGAUACACCGUGGUAGGUGUUCUGCUCGACAUCCAGAAGCACUUCAGCGUCAGCGACAGCGAGGCGGGCCUCUUGCAAACAGUGUUCAUCUGCAGCUUCAUGGUGGCAGCGCCCAUUUUCGGUUACCUUGGCGACCGUUUCAACAGGAAGAUCAUACUGAGCUGCGGUAUAUUCUUCUGGUCAGCCGUCACUCUCUUCAGCUCCUUCAUCACCAAAGAGUAUUACUGGCUGUUUGUCCUGUCGAGGGUUCUGGUCGGCAUCGGGGAGUCAAGCUACUCCUCCAUCUCUCCCACCAUCAUCGGCGACCUAUUCACCAACAACACACGGACCAUGAUGCUCUCUGUCUUCUACUUUGCUAUUCCCCUGGGCAGUGGUCUGGGCUACAUCUUGGGCUCCAGUGCGAAAGACGCGGCAGGAGAUUGGCACUGGGCCCUGAGGGUGUCCCCAGUUUUGGGGAUGACGGCCGGGACCUUGAUCCUGUUCUUCGUACCCGACCCCAAACGGGGGAGCGUGGACCAGCAGGGAGGGCAGCUGAGGACUCGCACGCCUUGGAUCUGUGACAUGAAAGCACUGGCCAAAAACCGUAGUUACGUGUUCUCCUCGCUGGCCUCGUCCGCGGUCUCCUUCGCCACCGGUGCUUUCGGCAUGUGGAUCCCAAUCUACCUGUACAGGGCACAGGUAGUGCAGAAGACCGUGGUGCCCUGUACCAAUGAGCCCUGCAGCAGCAGGGACAGUCUUUGGUCCUCCUCCAGUUUGAUUUUCGGGGCUAUCACCUGCGUGACGGGGCUCCUGGGAGUGCUGAUUGGCGCGGCGACCACGCGCCUGUGCCGGCAGAAGACCGAGAGGGCGGACCCCCUGGUGUGCGCCGUCAGCAUGCUGGGCUCGGCCAUCUUCAUCUGCCUCAUCUUCGUCGUGGCUAAGAAGAGCAUCGUGGGGGCAUAUUUCUGCAUUUUCAUAGGAGAGACGCUGCUCUUUUUAAACUGGGCCAUUACUGCAGACAUUUUAAUGCACGUCGUCGUCCCAACAAGAAGAGCCACGGCCGUCGCCUUCCAGAGCUUCACCUCGCACUUGUUGGGGGAUGCUGGGAGCCCUUACCUGAUUGGUCUGAUCUCGGACGCCCUGCAGAAGACCUACGCCAAGUCGGUCCUGUGGCAGUUCCUGAGCCUGGGCUACGCCCUCAUGGUGUGCCCCUUCGUGAUCGUCCUGGGGGGGAUGUUCUUCCUGGCCACCGCCCUCUUCUUCCUGGACGACCGAGAGAAAGCAGAGAAACAGUUGAGUCAGCUGGCCAAGUCACCAUCCUCUGUCAAGGUAUGAUCAGGUCUAAACGUGAGGAGAGCCGUGGGAGGAGUGGAAGAGCGAGCAGAACGGGGGAGGAGAGGAGCCCAGUUCUUCACCUGCAUCAUCGCCGCCAUUACUAUAACUACUUUCGUCGUUGAUAUUUACACUUUGAAGACUGUGUGUAAAACUGGAAUGAAGGAGCACCGCCUAUCCAAAGAAACCCGCAGUACACCAUGAAGUCACACGCGAAGAAGGACUGAGACGCGAAACCAGCUGCGCGGCUGUGCGAGGUUGUCGGUGCUACAGGCCGCUAGGCGUGUCAGGUGACACAAACUCACCCCGCCCACCCCCUCCUUCCCGCCCCCGUGCAGUGCCAGUGCCAUACUACUGAAGAGAAGGAUAAGGGUGUCCUACCGUCUGUCAAUCUGCACCAAGUGCAUUAUCACAACAUUCCUUCCCCAAAUCUGCACUGACCGCAGCAGCCGACAGGAAGUCGCUGAAAAUAUCAGAGCAGUGACCUCCCUCAGUUGCCCUUGACGACGACAGCGCCUGGAGAACCAGCCUUAAGACUUUGAGCCUGACGAAACUGCAGGGCAGACCUGCUCUGUUGGUGUUUUUUUCUACGUCACAAUGUCUAGCACUUACAGUAGAUAAUAUAUAAAGUGCCAGCGUCACCACAUAGUAAAUUGUCCGAUACGUAACAUUCACUGUCACAAUGGAAUAGAUUUUUGUAUUUGUUGUUAUGACUAUGUAUAGAAGUGGAACUGGAACGGGAGGUUAUAACCUAUGAUUGUUUCAUAGAGGGCAUGUAUAAGAUUAUUAAUAUUGCACAUGAAAAGACAUAGAGAAAAGGAGAAAUGUAAGACUUGCGCAUUGCUCUAAAACUCUCCAGCUGGCAUUUUGAUUUAUUGAUCUGUUGACUUUUAGCCUGUCCCACAAAAAUAUUUGGCAAAUAAUAUUAACAAAAUGAUAACAAAAUCUUUGAUUAAUUUAGGUGUGUAUGCCAAAAAACAUGCCCUGCUUCUCUUGUGUGAAGACACACUGGGAAUUUUAAUGGAUUGGUGCAACCUACCUUCCAAACUCUUAUCUUAGAACAGUAUGUGCAAUUUAAGGAUUGAUUACAGACUUCCUGGUUUUGAAUUCCUGAACUGCUGAAAAAUGACAGUUACACAGAACAUCGGAUAAGAUUUGGAAUCCAAGCUCAAUAGAACAGGAGGCUUUGUUCACAGGUUCACCCCCUCCUCCCACCCCCCACCCCCUCUUUGUAGAUAUCCAAUUCCUGAGAAGUGCUUUUUCCCUGGCAGGAGGUUUUUCCAUUCAGCUGCAAAUUAAUUAGUCACAGAAAUCUACCCCUGAGGAAAGAAAAACUGCCAACCAAACCUCAAAUUAAACUAGAUACACUGUAGUUUGUAUAGUUAGUUUUUUUUCAAUCUAGCACUGCAUUGAAUCCCAAAGAAAGCUAGCAAUGCAGGUCAGAUCACGUCUUCUGAGACGACAUGGUUUGACAAAAUCUCUUUGAUACGUAAUGGAUUGAAAAUGCACCACCUACUGUAUAGCUUACCGUGAUCAACAAGAGUGGAUCUGUGCCAUUAAGGCUUUUCUUCACAGGAGACGUCCCUGGGGGGGGGGGGGGGGUCUAAUAAGGGAAUAGGGGGGUUAUUGCUUGGUUUUAUUGCCCCAUGGAAAUGUCUGCCUUUAAACUUAAAGCUGUGUUCUUUCCCCCCAGGAAUCCCUAUAUCAGCAUUGCUUCUUUCUUACACAGAAAAAAGACAGUUGGGUAUUUUGUUAAAAGCGUUGUGCUGAACAAGGCUUGCAUUUAGAGGAAAAUUGGGAAGAGAAAACAAGCUCAUGACCUGAUUUUUGUCGGCAUGUGGAAUUUGUCCUGGACCCCAUCUUGUUUUUCUCUUUUUCUCUUGAUUCUUUUUGUCAGCUAUCAGCACAUAUUGACGUUCUUCUGUCCAAACAAUGUGUUUACACCGAAAAUCAAUAUUAUUAAGCUCCUUUCUUUUUGUGGUUCUCUAAUGGAACUUCCUUUUUUACAGAUAAGUUUUUAUAUAUAAUUACUAUAGAGAUAUAUGGAUAUAUCAUGCAGCAAUUUUAAUAUAUUAUAAACAAAAGCUUGGACACAAUGUAUUUAUAUGUUUGUUACCACAAUGAAGAAUCCCUGUAAAGGAAAGUUAAUGGACUUUAUGUAUAUUUUCACCUUUUUGUUUGAGUUAUGUGUUCCUACAAGUUUAUUGUAUCACAGUGAAACAACACCAUUCUGUUUACAUCGCAGCAAAUCACAAUGCACUUACUGUGGUCACAUGUCAAACAACAGUGCCCACAGACAGAAAGACUGUGUAUGUUAAUGCAGAGCUCCCAUUGAAUUGAUAACGAGCUUUGUAUUGGCCAGUUCUCAUCUGCUGGGUGGCUCAACCUGUUAAGGCACUGUUCUAGUGUAUGGAUGGGCCCCAGGGUUAGAUAUUAAUUCUGUAUUAUGCCAGUACCACCUGUAACCAGCUGCCCCACAUGGCUACGCGCAAUUGGUCGUGGGGGUUGCCUGGGGAAGGUUGGGUUUCAGUCAGCUGGGAUGACAGCAUCUCAUUGUGCACUAGCGAACCCCACUGGUUUGAUCAGGCACAUGCCGGUUCGCCUGUUGAGCUGCCCGUGAAGUAUCUCCCUCUCCCUGAAGUGUGGGCGAGCCCAUCUUGUGAACUGCAGCGUGAUAAGAAUUGGCAUUACGUGCUUCUGAGGAUGUCCUAUUCUUGUCUGUGCUCUGCAGAAUCCAUGGUGGAGCUGAUAUGCAUACAAUUCAGCAUUCCAAUUGAGGAGAAAAAGGCAAAAAUUUAAAUAAAUAAAAUUUAAGGACUAAAUCCUCAAAUGUUCUGAGUUUUGGUAAUCUGGCAAUCAGUUUUGGCAAUUGCUUGGUAAUUGAACCCUUGUAUCUGAGACUGAAAUGCUUUGUAGGGCCCUUCUGCAAGUUGAACUAAUCAAUCAAGUGAAACACAUACAUUAAUACCACCUGAUUUGAUCAUGGUUUCAUGCUUCUACAGUUAGGCCAACAUUUUGAGUUGUAUUCAGUGAUGAAUCCACUGUUAAGAAACUGUCAUGUCUACAGUGCUCACUAAAGCAACACCCAUGAUGAAACAGGAGGCUGGCAUUUCAUGGCCACAGUAAUUUGUAAUUGUUUUGAGUCAUUUAACUGAUCUUUUUUUUUUUUUAAGCGGUGCUCUUGAAGUAAAGAUGAUCUGAACUGGAUAAGCUACAGUGGGUUCACAAUGCCAAAACUAGGUCUUCACUAUUUUAAAUGAGGUUUUUUUUUCUCCUUUGUUUUGUUUUGAAGAAUUACUAUUGAAUAGCACCUGUUCGUCACGGGGGAGAUGUGAUGUAAGAUUGUGCUCUUUCUUGUCAUACAAGAAUCGUGUAAAAUGAUAAUCCUAUUUCUGGGUUUAAACAGAAAACAGAAGCUGUUUUAUUUUUUAGAGCGAGUGUGAUUAAAAAUGCUGUCUAGGAAGUGACUGUGACACUCCUUCGGGAGUGAGAAGAAAUGUACAACCAUAUGUCAAUGAUCAAAUAAACUUAUUUAAUCAAAGCAGAA